AUGCAAGGAGCCCUGUGGAGCUUGGCUGGGCUCGGCCGCAGCAGUGACGGUGACAGCCGCAAAGAGCGCCCUCCUCGGGACGGGCAGAGCGAGCGUCUAGCAACGAAAACCUGGCUGCGUCACCCCGUCCAGCUUAAGGGCUGUCUCCAAACUCCCGCAACCGCGGUCACCGCCUCCCCGCUAGGGCUGGGCCUGGCGGCCCGCUCUCCACGCUCAGGUCCUGGCGAGGCCCUCCCCGCUGCCCAGGCGGCGCUCCCGGCCCCCUCGGCGCCCAGAACCACAGCCCAGUUUGUCCGUAACCUCGCGGAGAAGGCCCCAGCGCUGGUCGACACUGCUAUGACUUACUUGAAGCCUCGACUGGCCAUACUUUGGCACUAUGCCAAGGUUGAGCUGGUCCCUCCAACCUCUGCUGAGAUCCCUACAGCUAUUCAGAGCUUGAAAAAAAUUGUCAGUGGUGCUCAAACCAGUAGCUUCAAACAGCUCACAGUUAAGGAAGCUCUGCUGAAUGGUUUGGUGGCCACUGAGGUGUGGACGUGGUUUCAUGCCGGCGAGAUCACAGGCAAGCGUGGCAUCAUUGGCUAUGAUUUUUGA